GGUCCGGCGGCUGUGGCAGCCUCUGCUGUGGGCUGCGUUCCGAAGAAUUACAAGACCGGAUAAUACAAGUGAUCUUUUGGAAAGUCAUGGUGUAACUGGAGCGAGUGUAAUGAUGAUGAGUUUUCCACAGUCAGCCCUGGAAAGCCUCAUUUUCCACCUCUGUAAUUUGGGAAUCGUGCCCUCCUGGUAAAGCUGUUGUGAAGAAGAUUAAGGGGACAAGCAGGGGCUGUCCUUGCCGAGAAACGAAAGUGAAAUUGAACCGGAGCCAUUUCACAGCUCAGCUCACCCGCCGCCUGCCCAGGGGUGUUCCCUGUCUGGACUCCAAGGACACCCCCUCGUCUGCGAAGCCACGAGCGGAAGCCUGGCCCCUGGACACCGACCGUCACCGCGGGGAGGGUCCCACCGCGGGGAGGGUCGCGCUGCCUGGACAUGCUUCCGGGGCGCCAUGGACCCGAGGCAGGGGUUUUCCCUGAACAGAUACCACCCCCAUCCAUUCCAAGGCUAUGAGCACAGCAAACACAGACACCAGCAACCGGGGCCAGGAUCUUACCCUAAUAGUUUCCAGCUUCAGCAAAUAGAGUUUCUCAAGGGGCAGCUCCCAGAAGUGCCACUAAUUGGAAAACAGACACCAACAUUGCCACUUCCCCUCCCUGAAUUCUGGCCAAGGUUUCCAGGACCCCCUGCCAGAGGCAGGCAACCGGAGACCUGGGGUGUCCCCAGGGGCGCACCUCUCAGAAGUCAGGCGCUCCAGAGAGAGUUCCAGCCUCCUUCCCCACGUGGCAGCAUUCUGCCAUGGAGAGGUGUUGAUAGGCUUUCCUCACACUUCCGGGACCUGAGGAUCAGCCAGGAUCAGGAACAAAGGAUCUUAGAGCUCUUGCAAGAGCUUGGCGAAAGGAGGGUCACCACAGCUCAGGAUCUGGCCGCAAAGCUCCAAGUCCCAAAGAAGGAAGUCAAUCGCGUUUUGUACUCUCUAGCGCAGAAGGGUAAGGUGUACCGGGAGGCAGGAAGGCCCCCUUUGUGGAGAGUUGCAGCCUCAGUUACGGCUUGGAGCCAGCGCGACCAAGUAUCGAGAGCAUACACUUGUGGCCAGGGAGCUCCAGACCCUAGUUUGGAAACUGAAGACAGAAACCCCGCAGCUAACUUGGAAGAUCCUCAGGAGCUUUUUGACAUGGCUGAGAUCAAGGAAGAAAUCUGCAACUACCUGUUUAAUGUGUUCAAGUCCUCCGCUCUGAAUUUGGCUAAAAAUAUUGGCCUCACAAAAGCCCGAGAUGUCAAUGCCGUGCUGAUUGACUUGGAAAGGCAGGGGGAUGUUUACAGGCAAGGGACAACCCCUCCAAUAUGGUAUUUGACUGACAAGAAGCGGGAGAGGAUACAAAUCAAGAGAAAUACGAACAGUGUUCCUGAAACGACGCAACCUGCUGUUCCUGAGACCAAAAGAAGCAUAGAGCUCCCCCGCAAUAACUCACCCGUGUCAGAUGCCUCAAACAACGUAACCACAGAAAAGUUGGAGAAUGGGCAAGAACCAGUCAUAAAGUUAGAAGGUAGGCAAGAGGUCACACCAGAACCAGUAAAACCGAAACCACCUGUUCGGGACAAUGGCCCCUCAAAAACAGGGUACGUUGACUUUGAAAAUGGCCAGUGGGCCACAGAUGACAUCCCAGAUGACUUGAAUAGUAUCCACGCAGCCCCGGGUGAGUUUCGGGCCAUCAUGGAGAUGCCGUCCUUCUACAGUCACGGCUUGCCACGGUGCUCACCCUACAAGAAGCUGACAGAGUGCCAGCUGAAGAACCCCAUCAGCGGGCUGUUAGAAUAUGCCCAGUUCGCUAGUCAGACCUGUGAGUUCAACCUGAUAGAGCAGAGCGGACCACCCCAUGAACCUCGAUUUAAAUUCCAAGUUGUCAUCAAUGGCCGAGAGUUUCCCCCAGCUGAAGCUGGCAGCAAGAAAGUGGCCAAGCAGGAUGCAGCUGUGAAAGCCAUGACCGUCCUGCUUGAGGAAGCGAAAGCCAAGGACAGUGGAAGGCCGGAAGAAUCGCACUGCGGUCCCACGGAGAGGGAACCGGAGAAGACUGCAGAGUCCCAGCCCACCACCCCUUCAGCAACUUCCUUCUUUUCUGGGAAGAACCCCGUCACCACAUUGCUUGAGUGUGUGCACAAGCUGGGGAGCUCCUGUGAAUUCCGCCUCCUAUCCAGAGAAGGCCCUGCCCAUGACCCCAAGUUCCAAUACUGUGUUGCGAUGGGAACCCACACUUUCCCCACUGCCAGUGCCCCCAGCAAGAAAGCAGCAAAGCAGAUGGCUGCCGAGGAAGCCAUGAAGGCCCUGCAUGGGGAGGCGACCAACUCGACACCUUCUGAUAACCAGCCCGGAAGUACCAACACAGAAUCGUUUGAUAACUUGGAAUCUGCGAUGCCCAACAAGGUUAGGCGGAUUGGCGAGCUCGUCCGAUACCUGAACACUAACCCUGUGGGCGGCCUGUUAGAAUACGCGCGCUCCCACGGCUUUGCUGCUGAGUUCAAGCUGGUUGACCAGUCCGGACCUCCUCACGAGCCCAAGUUUGUUUACCAAGCAAAAGUCGGGGGUCGCUGGUUCCCAGCCGUCUGCGCACACAGCAAGAAGCAAGGCAAGCAGGAGGCAGCGGACGCCGCUCUCCGCGUCCUGAUUGGGGAGAACGAGAAGGCAGAGCGCAUGGGUUUCACAGAGGUAACCCCAGUGACAGGGGCCAGUCUCAGAAGAACUAUGCUUCUCCUCUCAAGGUCCCCAGAAGCACAGCCAAAGACACUCCCUCUCACCGGCAGCACCUUCCACGACCAGAUAGCCAUGCUGAGCCACCGGUGCUUCAACACUCUCACCAACAGUUUCCAGCCUUCCUUGCUCGGCCGCAAGAUCCUGGCUGCAAUCAUCAUGAAAAAAGACUCUGAAGACCUGGGGGUUGUGGUCAGCUUGGGGACAGGAAAUCGCUGUGUGAAAGGAGACUCUCUGAGCCUGAAGGGAGAGACCGUCAAUGACUGCCAUGCAGAGAUCAUCUCCCGCAGGGGCUUCAUCAGGUUUCUGUACAACGAGCUGAUGAAGUACAACCCCCAGACUGCGAAGGACAGUAUAUUUGAACCUGCCAGGGGAGGAGAGAAGCUGCAGAUAAAGAAGACCGUGUCGUUCCACCUCUACAUCAGUACGGCCCCAUGUGGGGACGGGGCCCUCUUUGACAAAUCCUGCAGCGACCGUGCAGUGGAGAGCACAGACUCCCGCCACUACCCCGUCUUUGAGAACCCCAAGCAAGGCAAGCUCCGCACCAAGGUGGAGAACGGGGAAGGCACAAUCCCAGUGGAGUCCAGUGACAUUGUGCCUACGUGGGACGGCAUUCGGCUUGGGGAGAGACUCCGUACCAUGUCCUGUAGUGACAAAAUCCUGCGCUGGAACGUGCUGGGCCUGCAAGGGGCACUGUUGACCCACUUCCUGCAGCCUGUGUAUCUCAAAUCUGUCACACUGGGUUACCUUUUCAGCCAAGGGCAUCUGACUCGUGCCAUUUGCUGUCGUGUGACAAGAGAUGGGAGUGCAUUUGAGGAUGGACUACGAUACCCCUUUAUUGUCAACCACCCCAAGGUAGGCCGGGUCAGCGUAUAUGAUUCCAAAAGGCAGUCGGGGAAGACCAAGGAGACAAGCGUCAACUGGUGUCUGGCUGACGGCUAUGACCUGGAGAUCCUGGAUGGGACCAGGGGCACCGUGGACGGGCCACGGAAUGAAUUGUCCCGGGUCUCCAAAAAGAACAUUUUUCUUCUAUUUAAGAGGCUCUGCUCCUUCCGGGGCCGCCGGGAUCUACUUAAACUCUCCUAUGGUGAGGCCAAGAAAGCUGCCCGUGACUAUGAGGCAGCCAAGAACUAUUUCAAAAAAAGCCUGAAGGACAUGGGCUACGGGAACUGGAUAAGCAAACCCCAGGAGGAAAAGAAUUUUUACCUCUGCCCAGUAUAGUGUGACCCCCGUGGCUGAGCGGGGGGCAUUUCACACCAGGGUGCGAGAAAGGCAGAUCCCAGCGUCCCUCUUCACAUUGGUCAUGGGGUUGGUUUGGGUUUUUUUCUCUUCUCUUCCCUUUUUAACGGAACCACAUUGGUGAUACCGAGACCUUGGGGUUCCUGUUUAUCCUGCUUUGGGAAUUCCAGGCCCCUUCUCUUUCCCAAGCAAAGAGGCAGAGGCCUGAGGGGAGAGCAAAGAGGUUCUCUCUUCUCCGCCCAAUGCGUAAGUAGUCACUGAACACCCACAACCCAUUUCCUCCUCAGUUCUGUUUGGGGUUUUUUCCAUUUCCUUUCCCUCUGUUUGCUUCCCUGACCUCUCGUGGUCUUGAUUCGGUUCCAGUCAGCUCUGUGAAUCACGUCAGGGACUCACGACCUCACUGGUGGGUGAUUUCACCUGCGAGCCCCUGUGCCCCCCCUCCGCCCCUUCAGUGGUCGUGUUUCUCAUUUUCCCCUACGAGGGUAAAGAGGGGAACUUAAAGAAUUUGGUGAGGCAUUUGUAAGGGCAGGAGUUUUAAGCUGCAGUCAGUUCAUUCCUGGUGCCAAGUGUGAUUGGGAGCUGCAGGUAAUGCUCAGCGACCUUCGGGUCUUGCACUUUAGCCAGCUCAGGGGAGGGGCCGAGGGGGACCGAGAGGGACGGCUGCCUCUGCAAAGUGCGGUCCUUCCCCAGGUGGCAGGGAAGGUGAGGGCCAGCCAGGCGGGCUGAGGGAGUUGCCCAGGCAGUCGCCAAGGUGGCCCCUGCAGGGGUGACACAGUCCAUUUCCCCAGCAGCACAGACGCGCCUUGGAAUGUUGCCCCGCUCCCAGCUGUCCCUCCUAGCGCGUUCCUAGGAAUGUGUCCUGCCAGUGCGAGGGUUAGGGCCUGGAGGGCAAAGCCUUUUCUCUUAAAUAAACAGGACCUAGCAGGAGUAGGGCAAAAAAUGAUGUUGAGUCAGAUCACUGCUCCAUGCAGCAUGUUUCUCAUGACGGUGACAACUAGGGGAAGUCGGUUAAGUCGUGGGUGAGUUGGGGAUAUUUAAAAGAAUGCCAAAACCUGUCAGGGCACAGGUUGAAUUUCAGGUACAAUUUUCCAUUUAUCCAAGCAUUUAUUAUGCUUUUGUUUUGCCAGACAGCUUCAGGAGGCUAUUCGUGGGCAGGUCGCACACCUGAGGUCUCCCUUCCUGGUAGGGAACCCCUUUAGGGUUGGCAUGACAGUCAUGGGGGAAACGGCAGAUUGUCCUCAAGGUCUGAGAGGCGGCUGUCCACCUCUGGAGCCUGACUCUGUGCCGAAGUCAGGCAGACAAGUUCCUCAGAGGCCCUGAGGCCCGAGCCGGCCUCUUUCCUCUAACGGGCUCUUGGCUGCUGGUGGGUGAGCCUGCGGAGCCCACGCCCUCGGGUGAUUUUCUGUCCUCCCCCAGCCCUGCCCACUACUGACUCGCUCCUUCAGCAGCAGAUACAUCCACGUUCACACUUUCAUUCCUGGGGCUACUAGUCCCAAAAAUUAACCAAAAGAGAAAACCCAAGUUUAAUUAGCACACUAAGUAUAUCUUUGUGGAACACCAAAGUGUCCCAAGGAGCUCGGACAGAAACAGUCCCGUCUUCUGGAGUGGAGGGGGCCUGUCUGUCCCGUCCCGUGGAUCUGCUGAAGGCACAAGUCAGUCCUGCCUCAGAGGCAGCUGAUCUUCCUCGUGUUUCCGGCUGGAGGGUGUCGGGCACUCAUUCCUCAGAAUGUUCCCCCUCUGGUCCUCCUCAGGCACUAGAAUCUCCAACUUAACUCUUUCACCAGGAGCACAGAGCUCUCAAAAGGCCCUGGUCUUGUCUAGCAACCUUGCAGUAUGUGGUUUCUGCUAUAGGACGAAAGCAAGGUACCCCGAAUCCCGUGUCUUCUGGGGACAAGCGUGUGUCAGGCCCUGCACGGCCGUCGCUGCCCCCCAUGCCCCUCAGUCACACAGGACAGGAGGCAGAGCCCCUGCCUACACUGUUCUCUUCUUGUCCAAUCUUUGUUUUUAAUAAGCAGGACCCCCUUUUCCUUCUCCCCCCACCUUUUUUAAAUCUUUGUAGUUGAUUUGUCUGAACUGUGGCUAUUGUGCAUUCUUUGAGUAAUCACGUAUAAAAAUUGUCGCUGCUUGAAGCUAUUUCCUUUACUCACUUCGAAGGGGCUUUGUUGGUUUUGGGGGGCCGCGAGACUCCCAAGAGCAGAGUAGGGAAGAGCCCAGGCGGGGACUUGGGUGCCACGAUGGCUGCAGUCAGUUUUUGAUUCCGCUUUUGUGUGUCCCUUGGUAACAGUGACUAACCAUAUACAUACAUUCCUCCUAAAUAAAAAAAG